AUGUCUCGAAUCUCGUUUGCAUCAGUGGCCGCCAUGCCGCGGCAUGCCUCAUCCCGUACUGAAGACACUGUUGGCAGGGCGGCUGGUAUGAGAGAAUGCCGUUUCCAUCGUCAUCGUGCCGGGGACGGAGAUUAUGGCGCCCUCUUGUCUCUCUCUGCAAAGUCUGAGAGGGCAGCAGCGACCGACCCCAGUCGGCUCAGCCCAGGCCAAGCAGCCCAGGCCCAUGCCGCAAAGAAAGAAGCGAAGACGCAGGCACAGACCGGCGCAGGCAGGCCGCAGGCGAGCAAUGGCAGGCACGGCAGGCACUGA